AUGUCCCUGGACAUCAUCGACCUCCGCGUCCUGACAGAGUCCGGCACGGAGAACGAGCGCUGGUACGCCCGCCGCAUCCUCCCCGUGCGCAGACAUGGCAACUGGCUCCUGUGCACCCUGCUCAUCGGAAACACCGCCGUCAACUCGGCCCUCGCCAUCGUCACCGCAGACCUCUUCGGCGGCAUCGCCGGCUUUCUCACCUCCACCAUUUCCAUUUUGUACGUCGGCGAAAUCAUUCCGCAGGCCGUCUGCCAUCGCUUCGGCCUCAUCAUCGGCGCUUAUGCCAUCCCCUUUGUCCGUCUCUUCAUGUGGCUCACCGCCCCCCUUUCGUUCACCACCGCAAAAGCACUCGACUUUUUCCUCGGCGGCGAGUCCGUCACCAGGUAUAACAAGUCCCAGCUCAAGAGUCUGCUUUCCAUACACGGCACUCAGAAUGAGCCCCCUAAUCCCCCCACAAAACCCAACGACUCCACGGCAAAAAUCCCCCCAAACGACGCAAAUGCCCCUUUCGAUGACCACAUUCGUCUUCAUUUUGAUCCCCCUCCUCUCAACGCCACCGUCGUUGAGCUCCCUCAAAUUACUUCCCGCAACGCAUCCAGUACAAACCAUCCCACUAAUAUCCUGUCUCAAUCUGAUCCAUCCGUCGCACCUGUGUCGAUAGCACGCACCCAACAACAACACCUCGCCGCUGUUGCUUCGAUCAAUUCCGCCUCUCGUUCUUCUAGCUCGGCCCAGCUAUCUUCCACCGAAAGAGCCCAGCCUCCCCCCAUUGAGCCCUCCUCUUCCUCUGCGUCUUCUCCCAUCCCUGCCAUCUUUCCUACCCCCUCAAACCCAAAAUCACUGAGGCGCGAGAUGGCUAGUCGUAUAACUAAUUUUUAUAAUGUCAAGCGUAACCGCAGCGUGGACAAAUCCGCCCGAAAGGAUAGGGACAAGGACAAGCAUGACCACAAGAAUAUUGUACCAAAAGCACCCCUCACCGCUGAUGAGGUUGCCAUGCUUGGUGGCGCUUUUGACUUUAGCCAAAAGGUUGUCAGUCAGGUCAUGACUAAGCUGCACAAUGUCUUCAUGUUGGAAGCAUCACUCUCUCUCAAUUUUGAAGUUCUGCUUUUGAUCUUCCAGUCGGGGCAUUCCCGAGUCCCGGUUUACGACGUAGCAAGAGAAAACAUAAUUGGCGUCUUGUUUGCUAAGGACUUGAUUCUUCUAGACCCAGAGGAAUCUGUGCCAGUCAAAACUGUACUCCUCUUUUUCAACCGAUCGGUUCUCGUGGUCUAUGAUAACACGCAUCUCAAUGAAAUGCUCGACAUUUUCAAACAAGGCGGUGGACACAUGGCUGUCGUACGUAGGAUUGUUGCCUCAAAACCACACGAACCGCCUUCACUGGAGACGCUUGGUGUUGUCACCUUGGAAGAUCUCAUUGAAGAGUUAAUUGGUCAAGAUAUUGUAGAUGAAACAGAUGCGUACCAUGAUAAGAACCGUAAGAAACCGGUACAACGCAUUCGAUGCAUAGAUCCAGAGGUCCUGAAGAUGUUUGACUCCACAAGGCACAACGAGGACAUUCUUUCCGCAAAGGAAGUUAUGGUUGUCGGGUCGUACCUGGCCAACAAUACAGACGAAUUCUCAAGAUCUUCUAUUGAUCUCGAGGUUUUGCAGGGCAUUUUGGCUGAAAUACCUAUAAUAGAGUACAACGAUGAUGACAAACACAGGAUCUACGGCACUGCAGAGUUGCAAGAGGGCUUCGGCAUAGCUGCCGCCGACAGCAAUGACAAACUUGAGGGAGUUGACAGUGAAGGCCGACCCAAUGUUUCUUCGACACGGGAGACUAUUUCGCCUAUCCAUCCGGAAACUGUUUCUGACACCAUGGGAACAAGCAACAACGCUCUCCGCGACACCAGUCAACCAGAUAUCAUGAUUUAUUCAAGGGGUGUCCCUACCAAGAACGCAUACUUGAUCAUAAAUGGAAGAGUGGAGAUAAAAACUGGGGAUGAAGGACUCGUUUCAGAAGCUGGGCCGUGGACAUUGCUCGGUGUGCGCGCAUUGACGGACGACAUUUAUGCGCCGGAUUUUACCGCACUUGUCAGCGAAAGGCCGGCACGACUACUUCGCAUCCCAAGGAAGCUUUACCGUUUAAUGAUCCAUCAGAGUGCUCGGACGAGAGCAAGCGCUUCGGAGCAUGGACGCUCGAGCUCGACACCCAUGCCGCCACUAUCAAAUGAAUCGCCUGCGAGUGAAAAAAGGCGUGGGAGUGGGGGUUCGGCCAACAGAUCUGCGUCAUCACUGGCAGUUGCUGCUGCUGCCGCAGCCGUCGCCGUAGGUAACCCUAAGUCGAGUACAGGGGUGCUGCCAAUGCCUGGAACUUCUUCGGAUGCGGCGGUUGUGAAAAAAUUGAGACACCGGCCAAAUGGGCAAUCACUCGAAUGGAGUGAACUGGAACCUCUCGGAUUAGUAGCAGAGUCAAAGGCUGCCGCCUCGGUCUCUCAAGACCUUUCAGGCGGACGAAGUAGGAGUGCAACGACACCAACGUCCGGAGACCAGGUAGACGCAGUUUCUCCAGUUAGGGGCAAACCUGAUGGAAAGCCGCCAACACCGCCAUUUCGCUCUUCGCGAUAAGGUUGAUAAAUGCAAAUGUAAGACUCGAUCAUAUGAACAGCUAUGGGUUACGGGCGCAUAAGUCAGUAGUCCCUGUACAAAUUAUCUGAUUCCGAUCCAGGACGCGGCCACAACUAUAGAAAGAUGGCGUAACGAGUGCAUCAAACCCGUGACGGCACUCUUAAA